GAAACAGAAAGUCCCUUCAGUGAAAAAACUCGGCCAUUUAAAAUGGCUGAAGCUGCCUCAUAUGCCCCUGUCCUGUUCACCUAAACUUCCUUUUGUCCAUUUCCCAUAAUUUCCUCAACCCUUGUAAAUUCAAGCUCCUAUCUUUCUUUCAUUGCCAAGCUGUUUGCUUUUUGAACUCAAAGCUUGGAGCUUUUCUCCCAUGGCUGCUUCCUCAGUCACUGUCACAUACAAUUUCGGCCAAAAAACUUCACUUGCUCGAAAACCCAUCUCCAAAACAACCCCCUCUUCUGUUUUAGCUUCCUCAACAGCAACCCACCUGAAGAAGAAGAGAUGGAAUGUUCUGCGCUUGGUUAUGGAAAAGAAAACAGAGAAGGAUCAUAAACUACAAGUUAAGAUCAAAGCCUUAGAAGAGACGAACACAGAGAGGUGGACUGUGAUAACGCCACGUGUGGCAGAGAGACUGGAGAGAAAGAGAUCAGAAAGAAACACCUACCUUGUUGCUGCAAUCAUGUCCAGCCUGGGAGUCACUUCAGCUGCCGCGAUGGCUGUAUAUUACAGAUUCUCUUGGCAAACAGAGUUUGGAGAAUAUAUCCUUCCUGAAAUGCUGGGUACAUUUGCUCUCUCUGUGGGCUCUGCUGUGGGCAUGGAGUUUUGGGCAAGGUGGGCUCAUAGAGCUUUGUGGCAUGCUUCACUGUGGCAUAUGCAUGAGUCUCAUCACCAACCUAGGGAUGGCCCUUUCGAGCUCAACGAUAUCUUUGCCAUAAUCAAUGUUGUUCCUGCAAUUGCUCUUCUCUCUUAUGGUUUCUUCAACAAGGGUUUGUUUCCAGGACUCUGUUUUGGUGCUGGAUUAGGAAUAACAACUUUUGGGAUGGCCUACAUGUUUGUGCAUGAUGGUCUUGUGCACCGUAGAUUUCCAGUUGGGCCAAUCGCAGACGUCCCUUAUUUACAAAAAGUUGCUGCAGCCCAUUAUCUUCAUCACUCUUGCAUAUUGAAUGGAGUGCCAUAUGGGUUGUUCUUGGGACCUAAGGAAAUAGAGGAGGUCGGGGGCAUUCAAGAAUUGGAGAAGGAAGUCCAGCGCAGAACUAAGAAAUCCAAAAGUUGAUAUUGUUUUUUUGAAUUUUCUGAAUUUUUAAAUACUAGUGAUUGCUUCAUUUUGUCGAAGCUCGUAGAAAAGGGAGGAGUGAGAGACUUCUUCAAACGAGCAACCGCAGACGUGCAAGAAACUGCUCAAGGACAAAUCAUGUCGACGUGUAGGAACCUAUCCACCAUCAAAAUUGACUAAAAGCUCCUAAAAAUGUAAAUCUUAUUAAGAAAAUUUCAAUACUUAAAA